AUGCUGAGUCAUCAAGCCAAGUUAAAGUAAUUUCAUAGGAAAUUCGAAAAUGGUUAUGAUGGAGAGUACAUCGUUUCAGAAUGGAUUGCACCAGACUGGAUUAAAUUUAAGGUGAUUCUGGUCUAUAGCACAACUACUUUAAGCUCUAACUAGAAUACCUCAGACAGCAAAAGCAUUAGAAGUAUCUGCAGCGAUUGUAAAACUAGCAAAUACUUCAGCAGCAUUAGUAAAACUACUAUCUGUAGCAGCAAUAGACAUCACAUAAAAAUCACCUGGCUUCAGUUAGGCAGCAAACAUUACUAUCAGAGUGCUAUUGCGACUGUGAUUAUUACAAAUCCUUUAACCUUAUAUGCCAGCAUAUUUUCACUGUGUUCAAUGUCCUGCAAAUUAAAAGAAUUGGCAGGUGCUAUAGGUUGUUCGGGAGAUGGCUUCGUGAAGCUGAAAGUGAUGACUACUUCAAUGAGAAUAUCAAUGUCAUCAAUCCCUACCAAAUCAAAUUAACUGAAAAGGAAAGAAAGUGCUUUUUGA